AUGAGAGCAAUAAUAAGAUUUAAGAUAAUUCGACAAGUACAUUCCCUGGUGUCAAAAGAUGCAGACAACAAACUUAAAAGAAUAGUAUCAUAUAUUAAUAAUUACGAUGACAACCUGUAUGAACUAAAAAGAAAAAAGGAGUACCUUGGCUUGUUAAAAAACAUAUAUCAUACCAUCCCUUCAAGGUUGAAUGAAAACAAAUUAUGGAAUAAUUUCUUGAAUAAAUUGAAAGCAGAAAAGUGUUAUCAUAAAUUAAAAAAAAUAAUUAAGAAAAAUAUUAUAACACACGAUUCUCUGAUGUGCAGACAAAUAAUAUAUCUUUAUUAUAUAGGUUUUGAUGACGAAAUUGGCUGUUUGAUAAAAAGACUCGAUUAUAAAUUACAAAAGUGUAAUGAGAAGGACUUUAAAGAUUGUGAAAAAUAUAUGAAUGAAGAUGUAAGUGAUAUAAUAAAAAUGUUAUAUGUAUUAUAUCAUUAUAAGAAUGGUAAAGAUAAGGAUUAUAAGAAUAUAAUAUUACAUUUUGAUAAAUAUAUAUAUCAUAGCAAGAAUAUUCCUAUGACAAAUUUAAAGUAUUUGUUUUAUUUUCAUUUAUUUUAUUUUAAUAUGAACUAUUCAUUAAUAAGAAUAGAGAAAUGUUUAGAAACGCAUGGACAUUUAUUAACAUCAGAACAAUUGAUGUUUUUAAUUCGAUACAUAAAUAUUUAUUUAAAAAAUUUAUAUCUCUAUAAUGUUAUUAAGCAUAGAAAUGAUUACCAGACGGUGUGUAAUAAUAUGAAUAAUAAAACAAAUGAAAAUGAGACUGAUAAUAAUGGAAAUAAUUAUGAAGACGAAAAUAGUUAUAGGAAUAAAAUUAAAAAGGAAAUAAAUAUUUUUAUAAAUAAUUUGUUUAGGAUAAAUAAAAAUGAGAAAGAAUAUUUUAUUUUCUACAAUUUUGAUGAUAUAGAAAUAAAAAAUAAGUGUGUAAAAAAUGAAGAGUUGGAUAUGAAUGAACAGGAUAAUGUAAGUAUUUUAAAAAAUACGAGUAUUCAUAAAUUUGUAAAAAAUAAAAUAAAUGAAAGAGAUGAUAAUAAAAAGGGAAAUCAUCAUAUUAAUGAUAAUAUGUAUUUUGAUAUGACGAAUGGAGAUAAAGAAAAUGUAACUAUGAAAGAUAAUAAUAGUAAUAAGGAUAAUAUAUUAUAUAAUAAUAUAUUAUAUGAUAAUAUAUUAUAUAAUACUAAUAGUAGUAGUGAUAAGAAUUCUGUUUCUUUUUAUAUACAUGAAAACCAAAUGAAUAGAAAAAAUAGUUUUAAUAGUAACAAUUGUGUGAAUAAUAAUAUGGAAGGAUUAACUAUUCAGAGUGAUGAAAAUAAUAAUUUAUGUAAUAGUCGAAAGGUUUUAAGAAAAGAAAAAAUUAUAAUAAAUAAUACAGAAUUAAAUAUAUAUAAGAAUAUAUAUAAGAUAUGUACAAAGGAAGUUAUAAAGAAUAUUUUAUUAAAUAAAGAAAAAAUAGAUAUAGAUAUUUUAUGGAAUGGUUUUAUUAGUAAUUUAUUUAAAGAUGAAUAUAUAUAUAUGUUAAUGAAUGAAAUAAAAAAAGAUAAUAAGAAACAUAUAGUAAAUGAAGAAGAAUUUAUAACAUAUUUAAAACAAAUAAAAUUAUUGGAAUUAUAUGAUGAUACAUUUUUUAUAACCAUAUGUAAUAAUUUUUUUAAAACUUAUAUUGUUGAAAAAAAGUAUAUAAAAAAUUUAUAUUUUGCUGAUAGAUUAACAUAUUAUACAGAUAUUUUUUGUUACAAUUCUUUCUUACAAAAAUAUAUUUUAUAUAUAUAUAAAUUAAAUUUAGAACGAUUUAAUAUAAAAAUAUUAAAAAAAAUAUUAUCCAAAUUAUUUUAUUUCUUACAACAAAAUAAAUCUUUAAUAAAUGGUUUUGAUAAAUUUAUAAAGAGUCUUAUUAUAAAAAUUAUUAUGAAUGGUUCAUUCAAUGAUAUUAUAAUGAUUAUAUAUACAUGGAGACAAUAUAUCUUUUAUAAGACAUAUAUGAAUGACCAAAGAGAAAAAGAAAAAUGUUUUGAGAGUAAAAAUUAUUAUAUGAAUGUAUUUGAUGAUAAAAAUAAUGUGUAUAAUAUGUAUAAUAUGUAUAAUUCGAAUAAUUCGAAUAAUAUGAUAAACUUUGAAACGGAUCCUCAUUUUGUUUAUAAGGAUAUACAAAAGAAAAUUAUAAAAAUGUUAUGUAUAGAAAAUAUUAUAGAGGGGAAUAAAAUAGAUGAUACUAAAUAUAAUAUGAAUAAUAAAUAUGUAUACACUGAAUUAUAUAAUAAUCAUAUGAUAAAUAAUAAUUCUUGUUAUUUACAAAAUAAUAAUAUUUUCCAUUUAAACAAUACUAUGUUGCAUUAUAUGAAAAAGGACUAUAUAAAAAUAUAUGAAUUUUUAAGCUUCCGAACUAUUAUAGAGAAAAGACAAAUGACUUACAUUAUGUUUGAUAAAUAUUUUGAUAAAAGUAUGAUCAUUAUGACAAAUAAACAAUUAAUAAAAUUAUUCUGUGUCUUUUUAAAUAAGCUUCAUAAUACUAUAAAAAGUGGUGAAAACAAAUUGAAUCUUUUCGAAUGUGUAAAUAAUUUUUUUCAUGACGACCCUAUGUAUUAUAGUAUGAGUCAAUUAUUAAGAGAGGGAAGUGACUUGAUGAAGGAGGAUCAACCUUUGAAUAAAAAAAAAAAUAAAACAAAUAAUGAAGAUAUACAAAAGGGUGGGCAUAAUAUAAAUGAUAAUAAUAAUAAUAAUAAUAAUAAUACUAAUACAUAUUAUGAUAAUAAUAAUACAUAUUAUGAUAAUACUAAUACAUAUUAUGAUAAUAAUAAUACAUAUUAUGAUGAUUAUCAUGUCGAAGGUUUGAAUAAAUCAAAGCAAAACUUAUAUUAUAAUAACAAUAACAAUUGUGAUAGAGAACAAAUGCGUAGUAACCCUUUAUUCGUAUCAACUAAAAAUAAGGCAGAUAAAGAAAAAACAUUUUUAAUAAAAAAAAAAAAAAUUGAUACUAAUUUUAUUAAUGAAGAAGAAAAGGAAUUUAUUGAAAAUAAAAUUGUGGAGAAUAAAUGUCAAGAGUCAUUUGAUUUUUUGUUUAACGAUAAAGAUAACAAAAAAAAAAAAAAAAAAAUUAUUUCUUUAUCAGAUGUAGUUAAUUAUAAAAAGAAAUAUGCAUAUGAAUAUCUUUGUUUAAAUAAUUUUAUUAAUUUAUUAUUAAUGAUAAUAAUAGAUAAUUAUAUCUUUUUUGAUAUUAAGAAUUUACAUUUUAUAAAUUUCUUUUUCCAGUGUUUUGAAUAUGAACAUCUGUUAUCUAUGUCUAUAUAUCAUUACUUUUAUUUUUUCCAUAUUUUUAAGAAUAUAAAUUAUGCUCACUUAAGACAAAAGGAUAAGAAGGAAUAUAUAUAUUCAGAAGAUUUUUUUAAUAAAAAUAAAAAUAAAAUUAUGCAUAUAUGUAAGGAGAAAAUAAAAAAUUUGAUCAAUGAGCAUAUUUUGUUUAACCUAAAAUGUGGGUAUAGUAUGACAGAACUUAAUGAAGAGCAAAAAAAAAAAAAAAAAAAAGAAGAAAAUGAUACUUGUCAUAAACAAAAAAAUGUUGAAAAGAAUGAUACUUGUCAUAAACAAAAAAAUGUUGAAAAGAAUGAUACUUGUCAUAAACAAAAAAAUGUUGAAAAGAAUGAGACCUGUCUUGAACAAAAAAAUGUAAUAAAUUUUGAUCUGGAUUGUAUAAUUAUGUUAAUUUUAUAUAACAUGAACAAAGAAGAUGUUGUGGAUAUUUUUAAAAAUUGUUUCUUAUUAUCAUUAAAUAAUUAUUUAAUGGAACAGCAAAAAAAAAAAAAAAGAGAGAUAAUAUUUAUAUAUGGUAAUACAAAUUGUUCAAUAGAGAUAGAUGGUGAAACCAAAAUGGAUAUAAGAGAAAUUAAAUCAAAUGAUAAUAAUAAGGAGGAUAAAAUGGCUAGUUGUUCAUAUAAUAUGAAUCAAUUAAAUAUUAUACCAUGUAACAAUUUUGAUAUGAUCAGAAAGAUUUUUGAUAGUAAGAAUAAGAAUAUAAAAUAUAUUGAUGAGUUUGAUAUUAUAAAAAAAUAUGAAUUUUUUUAUAUUCACAUGAUAUAUAAAAAAUUGAUGUGUCUUAAUAAUAAAAUGGGUAUGGAUGGAAAUAAUUUAAAAAAUAAUGAUGAUAUGUUGGAAGGUGUUGAUGAUAUAAAGAAUAAUUACAACUUAAAUAAUAAUUAUGUUUAUAAUAAUAUCAUGUAUGAAGAUGAUAAAAAAAUGUAUGGUUAUAUUAAUCAUUCAUAUGAUCAUAAUAAUUUCAAUGAGUAUAAAAAGGAACAAUCUGAUUAUAACUCUUUUCUGCAUUUUUUAUCAAAUAAAAAACAAAAUUAUGAAGCAGAAGAAUUAUUAAAAUUAUGUACCAUGAUAAAAAUAUUUAAAGGAAAUGACAAAAUAAAACAGAUCAUAAAUAAAAUUAAUAUGCUUUUUAAUAGUUAUAAUAGUUUUGAAUUUUUUAUAAGUUAUUUAUUUCUCAUUAUACUUAAUGAGAAAAAAGAAAAUUAUAUAAAUCAAAUUUAUAAAAUAUUUAAUGAAAUUAAUAUAUAUUUAUUAAAUAAUAAUAUAAAACCUUAUUGGUAUCAAUUAUUAAUACAAAUACUUUAUCUUAUAAAAAUUAAAAAUUUAUAUUCUUUCGAUUUAUUAUGUAUCAAAUAUAAAAAUAUAGCUAAUUUUUAUUACCAAGCUAUAAAUAUCAAGAAAAACUUAUUGGAAGAAUAUCAAAAAAAACAAAAAAAAACAUGCACAAAUUCAAAUAUAAAUAUGACAUAUUAUAUAAAUAAUGGACAACAAUAUAACAUAUAUAGGUCAAUCAUUAGAAAAUAUUUACAAACAAAUAAUAUUUCUUAUAUUGAAAAUAUACAAUUAAAAGAUAGUCCAUUCAUAUUUGACAUAUAUGUUCCUUCAAAAAAAAUCAUCUUUUUAAAUCAAGAUAUGUGUAUUUUUCCUGAUAUAUUUAUUGAUCAUUUACAAGUCUACAUAUUUGACACCAUUCAUUUUACUAUAUGUGAGAUGAAUGAAAGAAAUUAUAAUAAUCUGAUAGGAAGUACAUAA